AUGGGUACGCCUGCUAAGUCCAGAAACACUCUUGCUUUCUACUUCAAUCAUUUCCUUCACGAUCCUCAUUAUUGUCAUUUUAGGGUUUCUUUCCUUCCUCAAAAUUUUUAUUAUUGUCGUUGUUUUAGUGCUACUUCUGCUAAAACUACCAAUAGUUGUAGAGAUAUUGUGGAAAGCCCCAAUCAGUUCUUGCAAUCUGUGAGAAAUCGAUGCAGAUCUGGAAGCUUUAGGAAUCUUGAUGAUGCCUUAGGCCUGUUUGAUAGAAUGCUUCACAUGUACCCUUUGCCUUCCCUCAUAGAUUUUACUCAAUUGCUGACUGCAAUUGCAAGAAUGAAGCAUCACUCAACCGUGAUUUCUCUCUUUAAAGAAAUGGAAAUGUCAGGAAUUGCUCCCGAUGCUUGUUCUCUAAGGAUUCUGACUAGCUGCUUUUGCCAUUUAAACCGGGUGGAUUUUGGCUUCUCUAUCUUAGCAAGAAUCGUGAAACUUGGUUUUCAACCGGACUGCAUAAUUCUUAGUACUCUUGUCAAGGGGCUUUGUCUUCAUGGUAAAAUUGCUGAAGCUGUGAAAUUGGUUAACAAAAUGGAGAAGAUAGGCUAUAAACCUGAUAUAGUUACCUACGGAACAAUAAUGAAUUGUUUGUGUAAAAUAGGCAAGACCAAUGAAGCUAUUGCGUUGUUAAGAAAGAUGGAUGAAGCAAAUCUUGAACUUAAUGUAGUGCUAAAUAGCAUAAUCAUUGAUAGUUUAUGUAAAGAUAGAUUAGUAACGGAGGCUUUGAAUUUUUUCUUCGAAAUGACAAAGAAAGAAAUUCAGCCAGACGUUUUUACUUACAGUUCUUUAAUUCAGGGUCUUUGCAAUUUUGGCCGGUGGAAGGAGGUAACUAAACUAUGGAAUGAGAUGGUUGAAAGAAAAAUCAUGCCAGAUGUAAAAACAUUCAACAUAUUGGUGGACACAUUUGGCAAAGAGGGGAUGUUGAAAGAGGUGAAAGAAGUUUUUGCUGUGAUGAUUCAGAGAGGCAUAGAGCCUGAUACAAUCACUUACAAUUCUUUAAUUGACGGUUAUUGUUUGCAAAAUAAAAUGGAUGGAGCUAUCAAAGCAUUUAAUAUGAUGGUUCGAAAGGGUUGUUCGCCUUCUAUUGUUAGUUAUAACAUAUUGAUCCAUGGAUAUUGUAAAAAUAGAAAAAUUGACGAGGCGAUGAGUCUCUUUCGUGAAAUGUCCACAAAGGAAAUUUUUCCCAAUGUUGUCACUUACAAUACUCUUAUUGGUGGGUUUUGCCAAGUUGGGAGACCUAAGAAUGCAUUAGAGCUACUCCAUGAGAUGCAAGGUUGUGGGCAACCUCCAAAUCUCCGAACUUGUGCUAUUUUGUUAGAUGGCUUGUGUAAGAAUCUACACUUUCAAGAGGCAAUGGCAUUGUUUCAUGAGAUGGAAGACAAAAAGUUAGACCUUGAUAUUGUGAUUUACAGCAUCUUGAUUGAUGGUAUGUGUAAUGCUGGGAAACUAACGACUGCAAGAGAACUCUUUAAUACUCUUCCUACCAAAGGUUUGCAAGCUGAUAUUCAGACUUACACAAUAAUGAUCAAAGGACUUUGCAAAGAGGGACUACUAAAGGAAGCAAGAGUGCUAUUUGAGCAAAUGGACGAGAAUGGUUGUUCACCUAACCAUGUCACGUAUAACACAAUCAUCCAAGGCUUCUUGCAACAUAACGAGACAUCAUGGGUGGUGAAAUAUAUCAAGAUGAUGGUUGACAAAGGUUUCUCGGCAAAUGCGACCAUUGCAACCAUUUUGAUUGACUUGUUGUCUACUAAUCGAGCAGAUAAAACAUUGCAAGAAUUUUUUCAAAAAUCUGUGUGAAAGCUUUCUAAUUCUUCAACAUGCAAAACAAAAUUUCAUAUUCUAAUCUUUACAGUGCCAA